GACAGCGACUCGUUCGCCUCUUUUUUGACCCCCUUCAGCUCAGCACGAUCCGCGAUGUCGAUGUUCAAUCGACAGGUGACGGCGGCGGCACAUACGCUUACGGUUUCUUCGAGUCUGACCUCUUCCUGGACCGAACGGACUUGUCUCGAGUAUUGUCUCUCUAUUCUUUCUUCGUCUUCUUCUUCGCAACAGAACUCGAACCAAUACCGGAAUCAGCAACAGCAACAGCAGCGAUCAUCUCGCAGCAGCUCGCAGUCGCACAGGACCAGGUCGUGUGGACGUUACGGCGGCGUUCUUGGCGGCAGUAGUAGUAUUGCCAGUAGGGAAAACACGAGCAGGAGCAUCCCCAGUCCGAGUCCGAAUUCGAGACGUGGCUAUAGGCUCGCUAGGCCCAGUAGGAACCCAAUAAGAACUUACACGUAUUCUACCGCUGGCGAUACUGCUGUUCGGUUUCACACCCAUUCAAGCGCACUCCGUUCUUUCGCAUCACCCUCACGGUCUCGGUCAUCAUCAUCAUCAUCGCAGCUGUCCUCUUUCCCGUCGUCGUCCACGUAUUCCACGUCGACACAUCAGAUUCAUUCAUAUUCAUAUCCUUAUACGCAUUCGACAGUAUCUUUGGUUUCACCAGGACCACCAAUACCAUUUUCGCCACUACUCCGGUCGCGAGCACGAGGCAGGAUGAGUACCGGACAACAAGUCAUCACGAGGCGGACAUAUUCGACAAAACCGCCAGGAAAGGAAAAGGAAAAGGAGAAUGGUAAUGGUAAUGGCAUUGACAUUGGCAACGGGAAGGAGGGAAACGGAGUCUCGAAUGGCCAUCAUCAUGAUGAACCUCAUACGCAUGAACACGAACACGAACACGACCAUGGCCACUCGCAUUCGCAUGGUCUCUUCGGUCAUUCGCACGGCGAAGACGAGGCGCACGGUGGAGAUGUCGUAGAAGCUCUGCAGAAGGGUACAAGCGAUCCUGGAAGCAGAAUCACGCUCAUUGGGCUGGGUGUGAAUGUUGUGUUGACGGGUACGAAGGGAAUCGCUGGCUGGUACAUGAACUCGGCGUCGUUGCUCGCAGAUGCAGGUCAUUCGCUGAGCGACCUCAUCGGCGACUUCGUCGUCCUCGCCUCCUGGAAGCUCUCCCGAAAUCCACCAAGCACCCGCUACCCCUACGGCUUCGCCAAAUUCGAAACCAUCGGCACCUGCGUCGUCUCCCUCCUCCUCGUCGGCGGCGCCCUCGGCAUAGGCUUCCACUCCAUCUCUCUCCUCCUCGAAACACUCCAACACACCGUCCAGGCCGUUCCACCGGGUCCUCUUCAGACAGCCAUCACGGGCGUCACAUCCGCCGCGCAGAAUAUCACCGAUCUUGCGGGGAAUGUGAUCGACGGGCAUGGGCAUGAGCACGGACACGGACAUGGACAUGGGGUGUUGGAUCCGAAUGCGGCGUGGUUCGCGGCGGCGAGUGUGCUGGGGAAGGAGUGGAUGUUUAGGGCCACGAAGAAGGUCGCGGAUCAGGAGAAUAGUCCGGUUUUGCUCGCGAAUGCGUAUCAUCAUCGGAGCGAUGCGUAUUCGAGCGUCGUGGCGUUGUUUGCGAUUCUGGGGAGCAGUUGGUUCCCUUCGUUGCCGUUGGAUCCGAUUGGUGGUCUUUUGGUGUCGAUUGUUAUCCUGCGGCAAGGCUUGGGGUUGUUCGCCGGUUCUUUCAACGAACUCACAGACGCGGGCGCAUCCCCCGCGACGAUGCGUACACUCUCCCGCGCCCUCGACGCCUACGUCGUCCAACAAUCCCUCCCAUCACCCACCUCCCCCUCAUCAACAUCAACCUCCUCACCAUCACCCGACCAUCCCCAUCCAUACCUUCGCCCCCUCCCAACCCUCAAAAUCCACACCGUCCGCGCGAAACGCUCCGGCUCGCAACUCUUCGUUGAUCUCGUCGCGGACGUGCCUGGCGAUCUGAGCGUGGAAGAGACGGCGGGAUUGGAGAGGAGGAUCGGGGAGGUGCUAAAGAGGGAGAAGAAGGAGAUCGUGGAGGUUAGUGUGAGGUUUAGGCCGAUUGGGACGUAGGCAUGGGUGGAACAGGCGGUGCGAUGUGGGUAGGGGGGAUGGGGGGAUGGGAUGUGGAUCAUUGGGGUCUUGGGUUUGUUUCUUGUGGUUUUGGUUGUAAAGUUAUUGUUUGGAAUAUUUUAUGUUAAAGGCC